AUGACUCAUCAUGUUAGCUCUAUUAUCUCCACUACCAAGGUUCAUAAGAAAGAAGAUCCAGGGUCCUUUACUAUUCCUUACACUAUUGGUUAUCAUGAUUUUGCACAUGCUCUCUGUUACAAUAGAGCUAGCAUAAAUUUAAUGUCGUUUGUAAUUUACAAGCAAUCAGGAUUGGGGAUGCCUAGGCCUACCAACAUGCAUCUGCAAAUGGCUAACAGAUCAAUAAAGAGGCCACUUGGGGUGGUUGAUGAUGUUCUUGUUCGGGUUGGUGAAUUCCUUUAUCCGGCAGAUUUUGAAAUUCUGGAUUGUGCAGUUGAUAAGGAUAUUAUUUUGGGUAGACCAUUCCCUACCACUGGAAGAGCUCUCAUGGACUCGGAGAAAAAUGAAAUCAAAUUCCGAGUAAAUGAUGAAGAAGUGACUUUUCAAACGAGCAAGAGAAUGAAACUACCAAGUGCUUAUAAAAGCAUUUCUGUGAUUGACACGAUUGAUGUAGUUGACGAAGCAGUCGAAUUCAAAAUGGAGGAAGAGUGUCUUGCCGAAGCUCUAGUAUCCAUCCUUGUUAAUUUCAAUGUUGAUGAUAUGGAGGGCUAUGUGGAGAUAGUGAACUCACUUGUAGGGAUAGGCUAUUACUCUUACUAA